UCUGUUCGGGUCCACUGUUGCUCUCAGCUGGUGUUGGAGUCACUCAGCCCCGGCGGCUCUGCGUUCGUUGUUUGGUACUUUUGGUGAACUUUAUUUCCAGUGUGUGGUGCAUUGCGCAUCACCACUCGGGGAGGUUUUACAACUUGCUGCUGUAAAAUGGACUGAAGGAACAACUUAAGCAAAGUGUGGAUAUUUUUUUGGGGAAAAGAAGACUAUUUUGUGUAGGUAUUAGUGACUCUUCUGGGAGGCUGUGUUACCAUCAUGGAAGAGGAAGACGGGCAUCUGGAGAACGGGAUCCACGCCACCAAGGACUCGGACCGACAGCAGAGACUCAGGCUUUGUGUCUUAAAUGAAAUUCUGAACACCGAGAGGGAUUACGUCCGGACCUUGCUUUUCCUUCAGUCGGCAUUUUUGCACAGAAUCAGACAAACGGCAGAUGAUCAGCAGUGUCUCUCACCUGAACAUGUCAAGAUUCUGUUUUCAAAUAUUGAGGACAUCCUGGAGCUGCACAAAGAGGUAUUAUCGGCCGUGGAGGCCAGUCUGCAGCCAGAACCCCAGCCCCAUCAUGCAUUGGGACACGUGUUUCUGCAGUUUAAGGAGAGCUUCUCAGUAUAUGGCGAGUACUGCAGCAACCAUGAGAAGGCUUUGCGCCUUCUUAUGGAGCUUAACAAGAUCCCCAACAUCAGGACCUUCCUACUGCACUGUAUGCUACUAGGAGGGAAGAAAAGCACAGAUAUUCCUCUGGAGGGCUACCUACUCACCCCCAUUCAGAGGAUCUGCAAGUACCCUCUGCUCCUGAAGGAACUGUUGAAGCGAACCCCUAAGAAGCAUGCUGACUAUCCAGCAGUGGAAGAGGCACUACAGGCCAUGAAAGCUGUCUGUUCCAACAUCAAUGAGACCAAGAGGCAGAUGGAGAAACUGGAGGCUCUGGAACAGCUGCAAUCCCACAUAGAGGGCUGGGAGGGUACCAACCUGACAGAUAUCUGCACAGAGUUGCUGCUUCAUGGAAAUCUACUCAAAAUCUCAGCUGGAAACAUCCAGGAACGGGUCUUCUUCCUCUUUGACAACCUUCUGGUUUACUGCAAGAGGAAGUCCAGGGUUUCUGGAAAGAAGUCCACCAAGAGGACCAAGUCUAUCAACGGGCCCCUCUAUGUGUUCAGAGGCCGAAUCAACACUGAGGUGAUGGAGGUGGAAAAUGUGGAAGAUGGAACAGCUGACUAUCACAGCAACAAUUACACAGUGACUAAUGGCUGGAAGAUCCACAACACUGCGAAAAACAAAUGGUUUGUCUGCAUGGCCAAAAACGCAGAGGACAAGCAGAAGUGGUUGGAUGCCAUCUUGAGGGAACGGGAGCAGAGAGAAAGUCUCAAACUUGGAAUGGAGCGGGAUGCCUAUGUGAUGAUUGCUGAGAAGGGGGAGAAGCUCUACCACAUGAUGAUGACCAAGAGCCGGCACCUGAUUAAGGAUCGGCGCCGGAAACUCAGUAUUGUGCCCAAGUGCUUCAUGGGAAAUGAGUUUGUGUCCUGGCUGAUAGAAAGUGGAGAGAUCAGUAAACCCGAUGAAGGGGUCAACCUGGGACAGGCUUUGCUGGAAAAUGGCAUCAUCCACCAUGUGUCAGACAAACAUCAGUUCAAGAACGAGCAGGUGUUGUACCGCUUCCGCUACGAUGAUGGCACCUACAAGGCACGCAGUGAGAUGGAGGACAUCAUGUCUAAGGGCGUGAGGCUGUACUGCCGCCUCCACAGCCUCCACACGCCUGUCAUCAAGGACAGAGACCAUCAUCUGAAAACCUUUAAAUCUGUGGUGCCUGCCAGCAAGUUGGUGGAUUGGCUCAUCUCACAGGGUGACUGCUCAACCCGAGAGGACGCCGUGACGCUGGGUGUAGGGCUCUGCAACAAUGGCUUCAUGCAUCACGUUCUGGAAAAGAGUGAGUUUAAAGAUGACUCCCAGUUCUUCCGUUUCUAUGCGGAUGAGGAGACUGAGGGAACCAGCACCAAGAGCAAACAGCUUCAGCGCAAUGACUUCAAACUCAUUGAAAACAUCUUGGCCAAAUCCCUGGUGAUCCACCCUGAAGAGGAAGACUAUGGCUUUGAGAUUGAGGAGAAAAACAAGGCCAUUGUGGUGAAAUCUGUCACCAGAGGCUCACAUGCUGAGAUGGCAGGUCUGCAGGUGGGCAGGAAGAUCUACACCAUCAACGAGGACCUGCUGUUCCUCAGGCCGUUCUCUGAGGUCGAAGCCAUGAUCAGCCAAGCCUUCUGCAUACGACGGUCCCUUCGACUGCUGGUCGCCACCAAGGCCAAGGAGAUUGUGAAGAUCCCUGACAAUCCAAACAGCCUGUCCUUCAGACUCUGUGGCUCCGCCCCUCCUCAUGUCCAUGCUGUCAGGAAAGGCUGGGAGGCGGCUGGGGUGGGUCUUCAGCCAGGUCAGGUCAUCUUGAAGGUCAACGGAAACAACGUCAACCACAGCGACUACCAGGAGGUCCUGGAGCACUUCAGUGCACAGCACACACACCAGGACCCCCCCCAAAUGUGCCAAUGGGUGUACCGGGCCUUUGAGGAUGUGGAAGAACUACAGCGAGAACAAGGCUCGGGUGAAAAGGAAGAAAGCCUGUUCAGGCCAUACCCUGUGGAGAAUGGCUCAGACCACGAAGAGGAGAACGGCACCAAUGGAACAGAUUACCGAUUGGCCAGGCUUUCCUUGUCUGAUGACCUGCCUUUGGUCAGUCUGACAGUAGAUAACGUCCAUCUGGAGCAUGGUGUGGUCUAUGAGUAUGUCAGCACUGCAGGUAUUAGGAGCCACGUCUUGGAGAAGAUUGUGGAGCCUAAAAGCUGCUUCAGCCUCACCGCUAAGAUCCUGGAGGCGUUUUGCGGUGAUGACAGUCUCUUUGUGCGUAACUGCAGCCAGCUCAUCUCCCAGAGCGACAGAGUAGUUACAAUGCCUCAAUACGAGUUCAGACAAAUCUGUGACACCAAGCUGGAGAGUAUCCGGCGGCGUAUCAGUAGUUAUCAGCAGUUUGCCUCCGAGCUCAGGAAUAAGGUGUGGCCCUCCUUCAGGCAGGCCGGUGUUCGCCCCCACCCACUGGGCUGCAUGGACUUUGUUCCCACCAACUGCCACAUUAACUUGAUGCAAGUCUCCUACCCAAAGAGCACCACGUCUGCUGGCAGGACUUUCAGUAUUCGAUUUGGUCGCAAGAACUCGCUGUUUGGCUUAGACCCUGACCAAGCCCAACUCAACCCCAUGUCCCACACCCAGCACUGUGUGACCAGUAUGGGAGCUCCAUCCUGGACGUGCAGCGGCCUGAUAGGAGACGAGUUGGACGGCAACGGCGAGGUGAUGGAAGGAGGUGACGGCUGCGCUGACGGUCGGCGAAGUGGCCAAGGGGAAGGCGGGUUGAGUUUCCUUCUCAAACAGGAGGACACAGACAUCCAGGAUGCCUACAUUCACCUGUACAGCCGUCUCGAUGUGGCUGUGAGGGAGAUGAGGCAGUACGUCGCUCAGAUAGAUGUUUUGUUAUCGUCAAUCACUGAGCCCACACAGCUCCAAGGGGAGAGUGGGGAGCCCCCGGUCUAUGAACCGAGCCAGCCCCCCCCUCUGGCCCCCUGUGAGGAUGGCUGCGACCAGGACAAAGUGGAGGGAGGUGGAAUCAAGAGAGUCUGCUUCAAGGUGAACGAAGAUGACCAGGAGGACUCUGGUCAUGACACAAUGAGCUACAGGGACUCAUACAGCGAGUGCAACAGCAACAGAGACUCAGUCCUGUCCUACACCAGUGUUCGAAGCAACAGCUCUUACCUGGGGAGUGAUGAGAUGGGAUCAGGGGAUGAGUUGCCAUGUGACAUGAGGAUUCCUUCAGACAAGCAGGAUAAACUGCAUGGCUGCCUCGAGCACCUUUUCAACCAGGUCGACUCCAUCAACAGCCUUCUCAAAGGAUCUGUAAUGACCAGGGCCUGUGAUGAGACAAAGCACUUUUACUCCGACCACAGCCAGCCCGAGUUUCGCCAGACAGAAGACUGGACAGUUCGUUGUCGUCACAUUAUCCACAAAAACAUCCAGGAGGACCCUUGGAACCUGCCCAGCUCUAUCAAAACCCUGGUGGAAAGCCUGCAGAGAUAUGUGGACGAUGGAAAGAACCAGCUUCUUCUUGCUCUGCUCAAGUGCACAGAUACGUCUCUGCAGCUGCGGCGGGAUGUGAUCUUCUGUCAGGCGGUGACGGGUGCCCUGUGCACGCUGGCCGAGCAACUGUUGGCGGCUUUGCGGUUGCGGUUCAACAAUGCUGGCGAAUACCAAGAAGACAGCAAAGAGACCAGUCGCAAGUGGCUCGAACAGAUCUCUGUCAUCGGUGUGCUGCUGCACUUCCAGUCCACAUUAGCGCCGCACUUGAAAGUGGAGCGGACCAUGCUGGAAGACACCAAGGCAGCCCUGUUGGACCUGGACAAAGUCACUGUGUUCUUCAGGCAACUGGAGGACGAGUGUCUCGUCGCAAAUACACCAGUGUGUUACCAGGUGGAAGGCAGCCGACAGGCCUUGAGGGUCACUCUGUACCUGGACAGCUGUCACUUCAACGAGCUGCCCAGUCGCCUGCAAAAUGGAGGAAGCCUCAAACUGCACACUGUCCUCUUCACCAGAGCGCUGGAGCGUCCAGAGGGAGUUUCCCAGCAGGAUUACAUUGCUAUGGAGGAGUUCCAGCAGCGCACUAAUGCUGUCUCACUGGAGAAGGUCAAGGCCUACUACCGCAGACUCAGGGCUUUCUAUUUGGAGAAGUCAAACCUCCCCACAGACUCCAACACCACAGCCAUGAAGAUCGACCAGAUACUGGGCCUUGAAGUUAGAGACCUCCAACCAAGCAUUUCCAAACUGCUGCGACCCCUCAACACACUGGACGACCUUUGUCGACUAAUGCAGUCCUAUGUCAAUGUGCGCCCAAGCGCUCAAGGCCACCCAUCGGGGAUCAGUGUACUGUGUGUGUCCUCAGAGCUGUGUAACCGCCUGGGAGCCUGCCACAUCACAAUGUGUGGUACAGGCAUGCAGAGAUGUACGUUAAAUGUGACACUGGAGCAGUCGAUGAUUCUAGCCAGGAACCACGGUCUGAUGCCACGCUGCAUCAUGCAGACCAUGGACAUCAUGCGCAAGCAGGGGGCGCGAGUCGAGCUCUCUGCUAAAAAUCUCAAGGUAAUGGACCAGAUGCCUCCAUCAGCCCCAAGGCUCUUCAAGUUGUGUUUACCACCAUCAGAUGGAGAACUUUAAGAAAACAUCACUUUAUCUUGAACUCAUCAAAGUAAGGAGGAUGUGACAAAGACAAUGAGGAUGAGAGAUGACAGGCUAAAGAGGAGUGCGACCACUUUUCCUUCCAAGAGACACUGCCAUGGAAAGACCUUUGUUCCCCCGCCACCACUGCCCCAGUCACACAGGGAUCAUUUGAGCAUCAAAACCACUAGAACCUUCAGGCUAACGCUGUGAGCACACGAUGUUUGUUGGGUGUUAACCUGGAAGCACCUAGUGAGACUGCUACAACCGGAAAACUCACAUCUGUACUGUUCACCUGGGUUGCUGCCCAGUUAGAAGUACCUCAGCUGUUGACAUAAAGCUGACACAAAAAGACUUGACUUGACAACAAGAGUGAGAGGGAGACGCCAUAAAGAAGAUACCGCAGUGAUUCCACUCAUCGCAGGGCUCUUAUAUUUUUAACUGGAUUAACUAAACUACCUGGUCAUCUUAAACGUUAUGCAUUCUGCCUCGGACUGCAAAAAUCCAGAGAACUGUCUUGUCUUCUUUCUCUGUUUCUCGCCAGGGUUUUCUCAGUGUUGGGACCCCCAGUUGAAGUAGAAGACUUGAAUGCCCUGGUGUUCAUGUUAUGCUAGCUGGCUGAAUAGAUGCAGAAAGAGGAAAGGAAGUAGGGACUGAGGGAGAGGUGAGACGAUAGAGUGUAGGGGGCUGCUUGCUUUUCUCUUCAGCCCAUUGCAUGUGGUUACUGUGCAAUUACUGUAGGUUUAGUGUGAGUACUGUAUUACUGCACUAUACAUGAAGGAUAGUUAUUUAUUAUGUCCGGAAGGAGCUAAUUUUUAUCCCUCACUUAUACUAUUUCAGGUAUUAAAAGAAUCUAAAAGCAUUCCAGCCUAUGUAUUGAGCAGUAUUUAACGGACCAAUGGCAUGCCAUUUUCUUAGACUUAAGCUGCCUGUGUAUUUCAUUUUAUUUAUGUGUAUAGAAUCUGUCAGGAAGUGUUGCAUUAAUCUUCAGGGAGUGUAAGGGAGAGAUAGUGAACAGAGUCAGGACAAAAAGAAGCUAAAAGCAAACAAAACAAUACUGUUUGUUGUUUAGCAGCCAAGACAACCAGGCGGGAUAUUAAAGUCAUUGUUAAAUUAUUAAUAUAUUAGUUCAGAUGUACUAGUUGAAGGAUUACCUUCUUUUAACGUUUUAAAUUGGCUUUUAAGCUGUCGUAUUUACUGUACUGGGUGUUCGGUGAAAAAGCACAAUGAACGGUCCAUUCAAAUCACAGUGUUAGAGGAAAACAAAGUACUGUAAUGAGUUGGUGGAUGAUGUAAACAAAGGGAUUGUUUCAGGACUGAAACACAUUAUUAGUAACAUUAUUUUACUGAAGAUUUUAAUUUCUUGUACAUACGAGCAGAAAAAAGAUAGGAUAUGUCUUACAGCAGCAGAGUAAUGCUAUAACUUAAAUUGGAUUAUUUUUAUGGAGAUAAUAUAGUAUAUAAAACAUUUAAAUCUUGUUUUAUUUUGUUGUUUUUGUAUUCAUGACUGCAUUUCAAAGAGAACCUGUUUCUUCUCUUCGCUGAGCGUAACCUCACUGACAACAUGUUAAAAAGGUUUGACAUGAAUUACAGAAUCCAUCUGGACAUGCUGCAAUCAUUAGAUACAUCACUUAACCCUUUUUAUUUAUUUAAAAUCAGACUUGACUCCAGUGCUAGUCCCCUCAUUCCUCUGCACAAGCAUGGCAACUAUACAUCUCAUUUGGCCUUUAAAUAUUUACACACGGUGCUCCCAAUUCAAGUAUCGGUGAACAUGGCAGCAUAAAAAUACUAUAACAUGGUCUAAAGUGUGCAUUUAGUUUAGCUAAUGACUGCAGCAUGUUGGUGUAGCUGGACAAACAAACCUGUCACUGAUUACACAUUUAUUUACAUUAUUCUAAUGUUUGAUUAUUGUACAUACUUUAUUUGCAAUUUUAUGUUGCCUGAAAAUAACUGUACAAAGGAUCUUUGUUGAAUCUUUCUAAGAUUAUCAUUGUAAAUGCAAUCUUAACAAGCUAGUAAAUAAAAUGUUCACAGGAAGAUGA